AUGGAGUACAACGCAGCCGUCUACCGCAUCGUGAUGCCACUAAAGUUUCAUGUGUUCCUGUCUUUCCUGGCGGACCUCCUGGAAGAGCUCAUCAACCUUAACUUGGUGUUUCAACGACGCAAGGUCGAUCUCACGGUUGUGCAGUCCCUGGUCCGCUGUAUGAUCAUCUUCAUCUGUGAACGUGGCAUUGACUACAGGGAUCAUUUUGUCACACUGCGCGCCACUCGUCAAGCCACAUCAUCACAGGAGAAGGAGUCGAUGGCGACGGACGAUCUCGACGCCAUACUGUUUGCUCACCCGGGGAAGACCUGA